GCAGAAGAGCUCAGAUCAUAAGGAAGCUCUGCAUUUCUGCAAACUGUAUACGAACCUUUCAGGAACAGGAAAGAGUUAAAAGUUAUGAAUGGGAUACUGCCACUGGAGACUCUCACUUUAUAUGACUCCAUGUCGGCUGACUUGUCAUCUGGAGUCUCAACUUUUCUGCUCCUCCUGCUGCUGCUGCUGCUGCUGCUGCUCUUCAGCUGGAGCCAAAGACACAGCUCAAAGAUACCAGGUCCCUCCUUCUUGGCAGGAAUUGGUCCUCUCCUCACCUACUGCAGGUUUAUCUUGACUGGGAUAGGAACAGCAUGCAACUACUACAAUAACAAGUACGGCAGCAUUGUGCGGGUGUGGAUUAAUGGCGAAGAAACGCUCAUUCUGAGCAGGUCUUCAGCAGUGUAUCAUGUCCUGAAGAGCGCCCACUACACAGCCAGAUUUGGGAGCAAAAAAGGCCUGGAGUGUGUUGGGAUGGAAGGGAGGGGGAUCAUCUUUAACAGUGAUGUCCAGCUGUGGAGGAAAGUGAGGACAUAUUUUUAUAAAGCUCUGACAGGCCCCGGCCUCCAGAGGACAGUGGGUAUCUGUUUGAGCUCCACUGCCAAACAUCUGGAGCGGCUACAAGACAUGAGCGACCCCUCCGGACAUGUGGACGCCCUCAAUCUGCUGAGGGCCAUUGUGGUGGACAUCUCAAACAGGCUUUUCCUCAGGGUGCCACUAAAUGAAAAAGACCUGAUGAUGAAAAUCCAACACUACUUUGAAACAUGGCAGACUGUUCUAAUAAAGCCUGAUAUUUUCUUCAAGAUUGGGUGGCUGUACAACAAGCACAAGAGAGCAGCCCAGGAGCUGCAAGAUGUGAUGGAGAGCCUCCUUGAGACUAAAAGAAAAAUUAUAAACGAGUCUGAAAAGUUGGAUGAUGAUCUCGACUUUGCAACAGAGCUCAUCUUUGCUCAGAACCAUGGUGAGCUUUCAGCUGAUAAUGUCAGACAGUGUGUGCUAGAGAUGGUGAUCGCAGCUCCUGACACUCUCUCCAUCAGCCUCUUCUUCAUGCUGAUGCUGCUGAAACAGAACCCAGACGUGGAGCUGAAGAUAGUGGAGGAGAUGAACACUGUCAGAGAAAAGUGUGAUGGUAGCAUGGACUAUCAAAGCCUGAAGGUGUUGGAGAAUUUCAUCAAUGAGUCUCUGCGUUUUCAUCCUGUGGUUGACUUCACCAUGCGCAAAGCUCUGGAGGACGACAACAUUGAAGGCACUAAAAUAAGAAAAGGCACCAACAUCAUUCUCAACACCGGUCUCAUGCAUAAGUCUGAAUUCUUCCCCAAACCCAAAGAGUUCAGCCUGACAAACUUCGACAGAACAGUGCCCAGUCGUUUCUUCCAGCCCUUCGGCUGUGGGCCUCGCUCCUGCGUGGGCAAACACAUGGCCAUGGUGAUGAUGAAGGCCAUCCUGGUGGCUCUGUUGUCACGUUACACUGUGUGUCCUCGCCAAGGCUGCACUCUUAACAGCAUCCGGCAGACCAACGACCUGUCGCAGCAGCCUGUGGAGGACGAGCACAGCCUGACCAUGCGCUUCAUCCCUCGAACUGUUAAGACUGCACUGAGGUUUUAAUCUGUUAAAACGCUUAGUGUCACCUGAUUAAAUGAUCUGACUGGAACUAAGACACAGACAAUGCUGUACAAAUGUUAAAAAAAUUGCUAUGACAUCACUGACCUUAGGUAAGCAUACAGUAAAUUGAGCUUCAUAUUGAUACUGAGCAGUACCAGCUUGAUUAUGUAGCCUUUAGGCUGCACUGUUAAAGAUAUAAAGAAUUUCUGUAGGCCUAUAUCCUGCUGCAGUUCUAACUUGUCUGAAAGGUGUUCUGAUAUUAAGAACUAGCCAUCAGCUAUCAGUCACAAAGCCUGGAUAUUUCUAGAUCAUUUUUGGACUUUUCGUCCCUGAUAUUUUCAAAAACUUUCCUCACACAAAUGCACAUAACAGGGGAGAAUAUCAGUGUUAGCUUUGCUCUCACAACUCAAAAUAUUUGAGUUUGUUUUCAGAAUCAGACUCGGCUUUAUUGGCCAAGUAUGCUUGCGCAACAAGGAAUUUGACUCCAGUUAGCUUUGCUCUCAAUAUACAGGAAUUCAACAUUAAA